CCGUGCAGGAUGCGCACAUUCCGUAGCGGUUUCGAUAAUGGCGUCUGUCUCCGAGAUGCGCUCGGCUUUGGAAAAAUGAAGCGUAGAAGAGUCUAUUUCCAGUGAUUCACGCGGGGUUUCCAGUUCGCGGACUUUACCUCUCUAUCCGCGCGGCAGGAUCAGGUUCCGAUCUCAGUCACAACGCCCAGCCCGAGAUGAUGAAGCUUAAGUCGAACCAAACGCGCACCUAUGAUGGAGACGGUUACAAGAAGCGGGCCGCCUGCCUGUGCUUCAGGAGCGAGGACGAGCAGGAGGUGUUAUUGGUGAGCAGCAGCAGACACCCAGACAAAUGGAUCGUACCUGGAGGAGGAAUGGAGCCCGAGGAAGAGCCCAACGUCGCCGCUGCCCGAGAAGUCUGUGAAGAGGCUGGUGUCAAGGGCACUUUAGGAAGACUAGUAGGAAUAUUUGAGAAUCGAGAUAGGAAACACAGAACGUAUGUGUACGUUCUCAUUGUAACCGAAGUUCUGGAAGAUUGGGAGGAUUCAGUAAACAUUGGGAGAAAAAGGGAAUGGUUCAAAAUUGACGAUGCCAUGGAAGUAUUGCAGUGUCACAAACCAGUACAGGCCACUUACUUCACGGCUCUACGGGAAGGCUGUCUGAACAGUAACGGGACGCCCCUGGUGGCCACGAUAGGAGAAGACACGUCGCCCACCUACAGCAUUAAUCAGAGCUCCGUCUCCGAUAUCAGAUAACUAAUGCAAAACACAGACACUCCGGAUGCUUCCACCACUCUUGCUCUUAAUUUCAUUAUUCUGUUUUUAUUUGGAUUCUUUUUCUUUAAAAGACACAAAAAACAA